AUGUCCAGCUUGCUAGGACUCACCCUACCCCGACUCACCUCAGCCCAACACGUCAUCUCGCUAACCGCUCCCUUCACUCCACGCUCACUGCUGGCUAUUCGGAACGCUCUUCAAGCUUCUCUGACUGCGAAACCAUAUGAUAUUGAUAAUACAGAACUAAACGCAGCUGUGUUAGUCCCGCUAGCAAACGUGAACGGCGUACCAGGUGUAAUACUUGAGCUGCGUGGACCAUUGAGGAGUCAUGCUGGUGAAGUUAGUUUCACUGGUGGACGAGUUGAUGAAACGGAUGCAUCGCACUUAGCAGCUGCUCUACGAGAAGCAGACGAGGAAAUCGCACUCUCACCUGGACGAGUUGAAAUAUUGGGUGAACUUGGACCGCCUCAACGCUCACUUAGCGGGUUGAGAGUUUGGCCGUAUGUUGGUUUCGUACAUCCUACCGCCAAUACUAUUACUAGGACACCGCCUUCCGACACGCCUCUACCCUCAAUCAACAUGUCCUCACUAAACGCCUCAACUCCCGAAGUAGCACACGUCUUCCACCUAUCACUCGCACAGCUCGUCCAACCCAGACGUCUUCGAUCCCAUCAAUUUCGUGGUGAGAGACCUUAUUGGGCUGUUGAUGUUACCGAUGUCGUUGCCGCCGCCGCUUCUUCCUCCUCUUCCUCUUCCUCUUCCUCUUCUUCCGUGAAAAGCGGGGGAGACAGAGGGAACGGAAGGAACGGAGAGAGACUUGAAGUGUGGGGUUUGACGGGGUGGUACCUUAACUUACUCAUGCGCGCGCUGGGUGUGUAUGUUUAG